AAACAUUGUCUUAAUUUGAUAUGCUAUCAUUUAUAUAUUGGCAUUGAAAUUGUCAAUUCAAAAGACAUAAUUCAUUAAUUCGCAUUCGCUUCUUGAACACAUUGGUUGAAUUCUCUCAAACAGAACAAUGUCUUAUUUGAAUGAUAAAUCCAAAGGAAUUUCAUCUGUAUUUGGUGGUUUUCUUGUCCAUUUGAUUCUUGGAACAUUUUAUACUUUGGGCAAUGUUAACACAUAUUUAACAUCAUAUAUUCGUGUACAUGUCGAUCCUACCGUUACAUAUGCAUCAUCCAUAUAUAUAAAUGCAGCAUUUCUAUUGGGCCAAGGUACAUUGAUGAUGGUCGGUGGUAUAUUGGAAUCUAAAAUUGGUCCCAGAUUCACUUGCUUAAUUGGUUCAUUUAUAUUCAGUCUUUCAAUUGGUUUAACUUAUUACACAAUCAAUUGGGGUUUCAUAUGGGUCGUAUUUACUUAUGGAUUCUUGUCAAGUUUGGGUGUCGGUAUGGCAUAUGUUGCACCGUUAGCUGCCGGUAUGAAAUGGUUUCCUAAACGAAAAGGCCUCGUUAAUGGAUUUAUUGUUGGUGGUUAUGGUCUUGGUGCAUUGGUUUUUAACUAUGUUCAAACAUCAUAUUUAAAUCCAUUGAAUCUAUCUCCGAAUCCGGAUGGUUAUUUCUAUGCUAAAUCGAUUCUUUCACGUGUUCCAAAUUUAUUCAUCUUAUUGCUUGUAAUUUAUAUUAUAAUCCAAAUAAUUGGUUGUUGUUUGCUAUUCACACCACCACGUCAACCGAAUGAAAUUAUUUUUGAAGAAGGUCGAUUUUUGCUUAUAAGUUCACCAGAUGAAGAAACAACAUUUGAAACACCAUUAACCUAUAAUAAUGGUUAUGGUUUGAAUCCAAAUAGUAAUGGCAGUGGAUAUAGUAGUUGUGAGGAUCAUAAUGGAAAUAUCAUAAUUGGACAUCCAUCACAACAAACGGAUCUUACAUAUAAACAAGCCAUUCGUACUAAAGAAUUUCUAUUGAUGUGGCUAAUGUUUGCAUUGUGUACACAAGCCGUACAAUUUGUCAAUACAAUGUACAAAGCAUUCGGAUCACAAUUCAUUUCUGAUGAUUAUUUUCUUGUAUUUGUCGGUUCAAUUGCAUCAAUAUUUAAUGCUGGUGGCCGUUUAGUAUGGGGCAUAUUUUAUGAUAAAACAUCAUUCCGUACAUGUAUCACUACAAUGUGCAUCUUAUUAUCGUUAUUAUUGUUUACAGUGCAAAUAUCUUGCUAUUAUCAAAGUAAAUUAUUAUACUUCAUAUGGAUAAUUUCCAUAUUCUUCACAUUUUCCGGUAUUUUUGUGAUCUUUCCAACCGCAACUGCACAAGUAUUUGGACGUUUACAUGCUGGUACUAUCUAUGGAUUUUUAUUUACAGCUCCGGCAAGCAUGUCUUUAUGUGGUGCAUUUCUUAUUCAAUUUAUUUUGAAAAAUUUUGGCUGGUUUGGAUCAUUUGCUACGAUUUCAAUAUUUUCAUUAAUGGCAUUAGUAUUGGCGUUAUAUUUUCCUCGUGAUGUAACACAUCUCCGAAAUCGUGCCAAUUUUACUUAAAAACCAAAAAAAAAAAAAAAAAAUCACAAAUUUCAAAUGAUUUCAAUGCAUAAUCACAGACCCUAUUCUUUCAAACUAGUCAAAUCGUUAUAUGGUUCCGGAGCUUUGACUUUGAAUUUAUUUUUUUUUUCUCACAAUUCAUUUCAAUGAUGAAUAAUGUGGAUAUAUGAAAAUUAUUAUGAUUGAAAAAUCAAGUCUAUUUGUUUGUUUUUUUGUGUUUUUUUUUUAAUUGUUAUUUGCAUUGCAAAAUUGUAUGAAAUAUCAUUCAUUAUAAUAAAGUACAAAAAAAAAUAUUCAUUCAUAUAUAAAUAUAAUAA